GAAGCAAAGAGCAAAGACGUAUCUUGGACAUCCAGGAUACUUCCGUCGAAAAUAGAACCUGUGGCAUCGGAAGCGUUUAAAGAAGGUCGAAAAAGUGCAUUUUCGGUAUAUUUUUAGACGACUCGAAACCGCGAGACCAUCCACGUUCGCGUCGCGUAUCUGCAAUGCUCUGACGGUGGUUCUUUUAGUUGUUGUUCUGUGAUCGUGCGCCAACCGAAUACAUAGUUAUUUUAAUAGUGCGUGUGGACCUGUGAUGGACUUAAGCCAGGUGAUCGAGAAGACAUUGAGUCAGGUCCUUCUCAAGCAUGUGCAGCCAUGUUGGACUAAUUCCAAAGAAAAUAAUCCUGGAGUAUUGGGAAGAGUUUGGCUCUAGGUUAUAUCCUCACAUCAUUUGGAAAGCAGUAACCUAUUUCCCAACUAACACAAGUGGGUGGUGACACUGGAUUAUAGUUGAAAUUUGUAACUCUAAUUAUAAACCGCGCUAUCUCAAUUUCACAAGCGCGUCAUAGCGUGACAGCAUUCAGCUUACCUCCCAGAGCACUUCAUUGGGAGCCAUCGCCAGUGCCGUGCCGGCAUCCAUUGAGAUGUUCAGCUUUUUCAAAAAGUCUAAGAAAGAUGCCAGCGAAAAAAAGAAAGAUCCCGUAUCUCCGACAAACAACGUGCCAAGUAAAAAUAAUUCCGAGUCCACGGCAGCGACGAGCGUGGAAUCGGUGCCAAACUAUUCGCAGCAGUCUCGAAAAAAUGCAAACGAGUGUGGCAGUGCUGUGACGAACGAAAAAAACGAAGUGUCGAAUACCUCGAACAACCCCGACCUGAUCGCGAGUACGACCAUGUUUGACGGGUCCUAUUCUUCUCAUUCGCCGUCCCCGAAGCCUGUGGAGCGGCGAGGCUCCUCGGGAGUGAAGCCCUGCGGGCACGGCACGGUGGCCAUAUCGCCGCGAGUGAUCGUAACGGGGGAGAGGAGAGAAAGUAACGCGACGCCUCCGGCCAGUCCGGUCCUGGAGGUGAAGAGGCAGUACCGGAUAUCUGGAAUACAGAAGGUCGAGGACAAGCAGCCUCCGGAAGGUGACAAGCUAGGAAAGAUCUUGGAGAACGGGGAACUUGGGAAAGAGGAGAAGAAGAACUUGAUAAACCAAGAGGCAAAGUUCCAAAGCCAACUAAACGAUCUCACCAAACAGUUGUCUAUACGCGAUGCAGAAGCCAACAAACUCAAGUUCCAAAUGGAGGAACUGCAAAGGGACGUGUUCGCCAAGUCUGCAGGCAUGGACAGACUUGAGUCAGAACUAAACGCUGCCCAUAAAGAAUGUGAUAAUAUUAGACAAAGGAUACGGCAUUUAGAAGAGGAACUAGCUAAUUACAAAAGUAGGAACAACCAGUUAACGGAAGAAUUAGCGGAUAAAGCAGAGUUACUAAAUAAUUAUGAGAACGAAACCAAAAACAAAAUACAAGAACUAGAAGAUGUAAUAGCGAAUCUCAGAGAGAAAAUAGAGACGUUAGAAUGUCAAUUAAGUGAUCUUAGGGAAGAAAAGUCAAGAUUAGAAGAUCGACAUAAAGAACUCAUAGCGGAGCGAGACGAAGAGAAAAAGAAAGUUGCAGAAACGUUGGAACAAGCAAUCAAACAGAAACAGGAAAUAGAGCAAAAGUGGAAAGUAGAUUUCGAAAAAAUGAGAACGAUAAACAUAGUAAAAGAACAACAGCUGUUAGAUGAUUUUGAAUGGAAAUUGCGCGAAGUACAACAGACUUGUAGAAAGAAAUUGGACGAUAAAGACAAAGAUGUGCAGGAGAUGUUACAAGGCGCAUAUAGGGAAGCGGAGAAGAAAAUGAACGAAGCGGAAGGUAUUAGAAAAAAGUUGGAGAACUUGCAGACGUAUGAGAUAGAGGUGCAGGAACUGCGAGGUAAAACUGAAGAUCAAGAACGCGCUAUGCAAAAGUUAGUCGAACAGCACAGUCAAAUGAAACAAGCCGAGGAAAGUCUAGUAAACGAAACUAAAAAAUUGAAGAGGAUGAUAGAAUUAGAAAAAGAAAAUUUGCAGCAUAUGCAGAGGUUGCAUCACCAAGAGAUCUUAGAUAAGGAGAGGAAGUUGCAACAAAGAUUGGAUGAGAAAAGAACUGAAAUUGCUGUGUACUGGGAAGAGAGGUUACUGCAUGAGUGUGCUAGGUUAAAGAAUGAACUUGAACAAAUCCACAACGAAGAAAAAUGGAUGGCGAUGGAGAGUGUGAGAAAGACGAAAGAUGAAACUUUCCAAAAAGCUCAGGAUGAAUGGGAAGAAAAAUUAAGAAACUGUCUUAAAGAGGUAGAAGUGCUCAAGAAAUCUUUAGAAGAGAAAGAUGAGCAUUAUAGAGAACAACUAAUCAAACAACAGACUGAUACAGAUAGAGAUAUUAUAGAACUUAGGAGAUUAAUGGAUAAAAUUGAUAUGUCACAUCAUGACAAGUAUGAAAAACUUGUUUUGGAACAUGAUUGUGAACUAGAACGGAUAAACCAAGACCAUGAAACUCAACUGAAGGAGCUAGAAGAAUAUUGGCAAAAUCAAGUGAGCUUGCUUAGGUCAAAUUUAGUAAUGGUAAAAGAACAAAUGGAAAAAGAAGCACAACAAAGGGUUGAAACAUUGAUACAACAACAUAGGAAUGAAUUAGAUGAACAAUGGAACAACCUUCUACACCAAAAAAGUGAGGCAAUCUCGCUCCUCGAAGAAGAAUAUGUUACAAAAUACAAAACUCUAGAAGAGCAAUUCUACAGUCAACAGAAAUCUCACGAAGCCAGAGAAAUUGAACUACUAAAAACCGUUGACGCUUUGAAAAAUGAAUUGCAAAGCAAAGAGGGUGUUAUUGACGAUUUACAAAGUAACGUAGAUACUUUGGAAGGCGGUGUGCAGGUUCUGAACCAAGAAAUCGCGCAACAGAAUUUUGAGAUGACCAAAGUGCGCAGAGAAGCGGAUCAAAGAAUGAGAGGUCUGCUGGAAACAAUCAGUAAGCUCCAAGAGGAUCACGAGAAGGAGAGCGAAACCUAUCGAUUGAAGUACCUAAAUGCACAAAAACAAUCACAGGAAACUAUUGAUCAUCUGCAGAAGAAGUGUCAGUGUCUCACAAAGCUAUUCGAAGAGGUAAGACAGAGGUACGAACGAAGAGAAUCAAGACAAGAAGACCUGAACACAAUCUCCGAUUUGCGGCAAGUGAUCGCCGAGCAAGAAAAAGAUCUCGCUUGCUUGAACGAAGAGAAACGUUUCUUCCAAAUGCGACUCAUGGCGCUGGAGAAGCAUCUCGAGGAUGCUGCGUCCGUCGAAGAUGAAGAAUUUGAAGAUGCGCACGUGCAACAUGACGAAAUGUCGCCGUCGUCUCAAUUCACUCAAAGCGCUGCCGCUGGUCUACUCCACAUACCUCCAACUAUUCCCGAAUGUGAUGAUUGUGAUGAAUGAUUUCAAGAUGGUCGUCUAGAUCCAUUGGGCAGAUCCGAUCUCAAUCGAUUUUUCUAAUUUUAAGAUGAAGAGAGGAAAUAUAUUCAAAACUGGUCUAUUUUGCCAAAGCUGAUAAGCAAUGAAGAUGCUUUUAGGCACCGUACUUACCAAAAUCAACCUGAUGCAACUUGACUUUACCCAAUUCCGACGUCGGUUGCACUUCCUUUGAAUUCCCAAAUAGAUUAUACCAUUGAAUAACGUAUUCUACCUAAAUAAAGCCAUAUUUCGACAGCCAAACGUUGUCUGAAAGAUUACACCAUCUAUAAGAAUACACACAUUAAUUUGGAAAUUUACAUUGAAAAGAGCGAGUGCUGGGUUCUGCUAUCGUUUCAUAGAUUGUGCUAGCAUCUUCAAUUCCUUUGGAAGCCCUGGGCACCCUGGGGCCUCAUCAGGUGGAAGACGUUAAUCAAUGCCUGAAGAUGCCUUAUUAAAAAAAGCAUUAAAGAAGCGCCAUCUAUGAUACAGUAGCAGAACCAAACACUCUCUUUCCAAAGUAGAUUUCUGAAUUCAUUUUACUUCCCACGCCUUUGGCGGGGAAAUGUCCGAUAUUGAGAUUUUUUUUUAAUUUUAUAUGACAUGUACAUUGUACAUUCUCACUCAUUUCCGUCAGUGUAUCUGUCUGUCGGUAUGUGGGUCUGCCUGGCUUGUAACCGCCUAUAACUUGAAAAACACUACUCGGAUUUUGACGAAAUUUUCACACAUGGUUAAUACUAUGCCAAGGACGAAAAAGCUUUGUAGUUUUUAUAAAUCGGUCAAGUGGCGUCGGAGAAGAAGGUCGAAAAUAGGAAAAAUUCAAAAAAAUCGCACCAGCUUCGUUUUUUGAAGUUUCAGAGGAUCUUUCUAAGUUUUGUAAAGGAAAUUUGGAAGUGAACAAAUUUGAGGUGAGGGUUGUAGGGAUUGGGUUGGCCGCGGUGCCACGUCUGACAGGUUUAGGUAUCGGGGACAGGCAACGUUGCCCAGUGAGGCAGGGCAAGAAUCUAUAUGGACUAAUUGUAUGGACGUGUUUGUUUCCUUUAUGAACCGAUAACGGCGUUGCGUAGGAAGUGCACAGUCAACCUACUUGACGCUAUGUCUUAUCUUCUGCUAAUAGGUCAUAGAUGGUGCUAGUAUCUUUCAAAUCCCUGUAUGCUAAAACACGGCAUAUGGUUGUCUAUCGUCAUGUACAACACGUGAAUUAUACAAACCAUUAGGAGGAGGGAUUACAAAUAGAGUAUUUUGGUUCUUCACUGGAAGAAAAACUGUAUAAGCAACAUUAUUAGCACCUUUAACAUUUUGACUAUAUUUUUUUGGCAGUGAGAUCGUCAAACAUGUAGCUUUCUUCCUCUUUUUGUACUCAUAAGGAAGUGAGAUGAGCGCAAAAGUGGCAAGCAAACCUUUCUUUAAAAUAAAAAACUAUCUGCCUAUUGGAUGUAGAUUAUCUUUUCACAAAGUUGUUCCUAGUUUUGUAUAUAUUCCUCCUGUUGUAAAAACUCAGUCGAAAUAGUACAUAAGCGUAUUUGUUAAUUUAUUAAUUUAUUUAAAUAUGUAUUAUGGUGAUUUUUAACACGUAUGUUUAUAGUUUUCCUACAUCGAACAAAUUAAAUCGCU